AUGUCAGUGAAUGAUCUUAAGAGGACCAUUUUGGAUCCGGCCAUCCCUUAUGUGGGUACAAUCCUUGGAGGUCUGGAACCUGGGACUAUGGUAGUAAUCCAUGGAACUGUCCCUAAUGAUGCAGACAGGUUCCAGAUAGACUUCCAGUGUGGGAGCAGCACAAGCCCACGUAGUGAUGUGGCUUUCCAUUUCAACCCACGGUUUAAAGGCUGGUACUGGGGCCAGAUCAUCUGUAAUACCUUAGAGAAUCAAACAUGGGGCUGGGAAGAAAAGACAUACCCCAUGCCUAUCGCACCGGGAAAGCCAUUUGAAGUAAUUUUUCUUGUUUUACCUCACAAAUUCCAGGUUUCGUCAAAUGGAAAAUUCUUGCUUUCUUACAAACACAGGAUUAACCUGGAUAAAAUUGAUACACUUGGAAUAUAUGGAACAGUGAGAAUUAAUACUAUUGGCUUUGUAUAUGAAACAGUAAGUCAGUAAUUUUUUUUUCUGCCUCUCUUCUUAUGGGUUUUAGAAAGUACCUUACACACAAAGUCUAUCCAGUGCUCUUGGUCCUGGAAGAACUAUGCUUGUAAAGGGAGAAGUAGAUAGAAAUGCAAAACGCUUUGCUAUAGACCUAAAGCAAAGUGGUUCGGGAAACAUUGCUUUACACUUGAACCCACGUAUGAAGGAGAAAGCAUUUGUAAGAAAUUCCUACUUGUAUGACAGCUGGGGAGAUGAGGAAAGGCAGCUGGGAGAAUUCCCAUUUUUUCCUGAUAUGUAUUUUGAGCUCCUCAUAUAUUGUGAAGCUCAUCAAUUUAAAGUUGCAUUGAAUGGACAUCAUCUGCUGGAUUAUAGGCACCGAUUUAAAGACCUGAGUAUGAUCAAUGAGGUUUCAAUUCAUGGAGACAUACAAGUGUAUGACAUCCGGGUCUGGUAG